AUGCCGGAACAGAACCAAGUUAUUGUCUUCGGAGAUCUUACAUGCGACUAUUUGAGCGGUCUAGCCUCUCUGGUGGCCAUCAAGAGCAACCCCCUUCUCACAACAUUCUUCGAACGAGUCACCUUCAGUCUACGAGAGGAGAUCGGAACGCUUCCGGUGCAUGCACGUACCAGAUUUCCCAGGUUUAUCACCUUCCAAGAGCUUCUCGCAGGGACCCAGAGAUUCCCAUGCAUCCCUCCGGCCCUAGAUACAGCACUAGCAUCUACCUAUCAGCUAGCUUGUUUUAUCAAUCACUUGACGGCCCCAGGGAUAUCGUAUCCUGACCCCCAGAACACUUGGGUAGUGGGUCUCUGUACUGGACUGCUCAGUGCAGCUGCUGUGAGCUGCUGCAAAACGGUUACAGACCUCAUUCCCCUUGCCGCACACACAGUCUUAGUUGCCUUUCGUACAGGUCUCUGUGUUUCAGAAGUGCUUGACAGGAUCGCUCCUCAAUUAGAGAAAGGCCCUGCUGCAUCAUGGGCCACCUCGAUCCCCGGCUUGGAGAUUGAUAUUGCAACGUUGGCUUUGCAGCAUUACAAUGAAGAGAAGGGCCUCCCAGCUACGUCUGCAGUUUACAUCAGCACUUACGCCAAUUCAAGCUUGACAUUGAGCGGGCCCCCAGAGAUCCUGCUUGACUUGACUAGUCCGAAGUAUCUUCCUGGGAAAAGGUCUAUCAAGCUCCCUAUUUACGCACCAUACCAUUCCCCCGCACUCUAUCAAAAUCGAGAUGUUGACAUGAUCCUGGGACCGACGCUACAGAGUAGAUUUGCCUCACUCGAACGUCACUCCCACAUGAUUUCGAGUGUUAACGGCGAGGAGAUCACAGCCGUUAACUUUGGCGAGGCACUUGAGAAUUCGAUCACUGGAAUCUUGCGAGAACCACUUCGUUUGGACCGUAUAGUUGCUUCCCUGGCUCAAACACUUGGCAAUGCGAAACAAGGUUGUCGCCUUUUACCGAUUGCCACCUUAAUUGGUCCAAGCCUUGCUUCCGGAAUCCAAAAGCAGGGCCAGAUUGAGGUAACGGUGGACCCAAUGAUGAGCUUUAGCAGUACUGUUCCAGAUGACGGGGUCACAGGAAAGCUCGGCGAUUCUAGAUUAGCCAUCAUUGGAUAUUCUGGACGAUUCCCAGAUGCGAAGGACAACGAUGAAUUUUGGGAGCUCCUGCACGAUGGCCGGGACGUUGUAAGCACCACGCCCAGCAAUCGCUGGGAUGUGCGAACACAUGUGGAUCCUACUUUGAAGAAGAAAAACACGAUGGGCACUCCUUACGGCUGCUGGUUACAGCAACCCGGUUUAUUCGAUGCGAACUUCUUCAUGAUUAGUCCUCGUGAGGCGCCCCAAAUGGACCCAGCUCAACGUCUGUCGCUUAUGACUGCGUAUGAGGCAAUGGAAUCUGCUGGGUUUGUUCCAGAUUCGACACCCUCAACCCAGUCCGAAAGGGUCGGAGUGUUUUAUGGUACAACCAGCAAUGACUGGGGAGAGAUUAAUAGCUCCCAAGAUGUGGAUACCUACUAUAUUCCGGGAUCCUGUCGCGCCUUCAUCCCAGGAAGACAGAAUUUCUUCUACAAAUUUGGUGGCCCCAGCUACAGCAUUGACACAGCUUGUUCAUCCAGCCUGGCUAGUCUCCACCUUGCUUGCAACUCUUUGCUAAAGGGGGAUAUUGAUACCGCAUUCUGUGGGGGAACAAAUGUGUUGACCAAUCCUGACAUCUCGGCUGGUCUGGACCGCGGCCAUUUCCUGUCCAGAACUGGAAACUGCAAGACUUUCGAUGACGAUGCGGAUGGCUAUUGCAGAGGCGAAGGCGUCUGCACUUUGAUCAUCAAGCGACUUGAAGAUGCCAAAGCUGACAAUGAUCCCAUCUGCGCAAUCAUUCGCGGAGCUUAUACCAAUCAUUCUGCGGAGGCCGAGAGCAUCACCCGUCCACAUAUUGGGGCCCAAAAGGCUAUCUUUGAGAAGGUGCUCAGUUCUGCUGCAGUGGAUCCGUACAGCGUCAGUUACAUUGAGAUGCAUGGAACGGGAACACAGGCCGGUGACGCACGGGAGAUGAAAUCCGUGCUCUCUGUCUUUGCACCGCCAGAGGCAAAAGCCCGUACCAAGGAGCAAAAGCUGUUUCUAGGCUCGGUGAAGGCAAAUGUUGGCCACGGAGAAUCAGUAUCUGGGGUUAUUGCCUUGAUCAAAUCUAUUAUGAUGAUGGAAAGAAAUGAGAUCCCUCCCCAUUGUGGAAUCAAGAAGAAAAUCAAUAGCGGGUUCCCCACCGAUAUGGAACAGCGAAACAUCCACAUCGCCAAAAGCCCUACUCCUUGGACACGCCCAGAUGGAGGGGUGCGACGGGUCAUGAUCAACAAUUUCUCAGCCGCAGGUGGUAACAGUUCUGUGCUGAUUGAAGACAGCCCGAUAUUCUUGGAUAAGCAGGCCUCGACCACCAUUGACCCCCGGUCUACGCAUCUUGUGGCGAUAAGUGCCAAGUCCAGCACUGCUCUUCUCGCGAACAUCAACUCUCUUCUGUCAUAUCUCAAAGACAAGAAACCCUCUCUCGCAAGCCUAUCCUACACAACAACCGCUCGCCGUAUGCACAAUCCCUUCCGUGUCAUGGUGGCCGGGUCGCAACUGGAGGAUAUUUCCGUCUCAUUAGAAAGCAAACUGACGUCGCCUAAUGUUCAUCGCAAGGUGCGGGCACUGCAACCUGUAGCGUUUGCGUUCACGGGACAAGGAUCGCAGUACCUUGGAAUGGGACGAGAUUUGCUUCAUUUUAGAUAUUUUUGCGCUGAUCUGCAUCGAUUCGAUGGCCUCUCACAGGCACUAGGAUUCCCUUCAAUUAUGCCUGGUUGUCCAGGUGGCAACCACAUGCAUACAGAUGGCUAUGGCGAAGCUGUGGCAGUCUUGGGGGUCCAGCCCAGCGCAGCGGUUGGCCACAGCCUCGGAGAAUAUGCUGCUUUGAACAUUGCGGGUGUGCUAUCUGAAGCUGAUACCAUUUUCCUGGUCGGUACAAGAGCACAGUUGAUACAGGACCACAUCCCGUCCAACACACACGCCAUGUUAGCGGUCAGCACUUCCGUCAAAAACAUCAACAUUAUUUGCGAAGGUCUUGAAUACGAAAUUGCCUGCAUUAACUCGCCCUCUGAAACUGUCCUGAGUGGUACAGCCGGUCAGAUUGAGCAGGUGCUACAAUGUCUGAAUGCGCCUGAGAAUGCUGGAUUAAGAAAAACAAAACUCCAAGUUCCAUUUGCCUUCCACUCAUCCCAAAUGCAGCCCAUUCUCGACAUGUUCCGAGCCAGCAUACAGGCGGUGAAAUUCAAUGAACCCAAGUUUCCCGUCAUUUCCCCCUUGCUUGGUGAGGUCCUCACUUCGAAGGAAUCGUUUGGAGCGGGGUACCUCGCCCUGCACUGUAGGGAGACAGUUAAUUUUGCUGCUGGACUUGAUCAAUCAAUGAAGAGUACAAUCAAGGAAAGCACCAUCUGGAUUGAGAUUGGUGCCCACCCAAUUGUUUCGGGACUUCUUCGAACCAACCUCGGACCCAAAACGACGACUUUGCCGACGUUGCAGCGGAACAAGGAUACAUGGAAGAUUUUAUCGGCUAGCUUAGCUGCUCUAUAUGAGUCUGGCAUUGACAUCCGCUGGGGUGAAUACCAUCGUGAUUUUGCCCACGCUGUCUCUGUCCUCCGCCUUCCGUCGUACAACUGGGACUUAAAGAACUACUGGAUACAGUACGCCAAUGAUUGGACUCUCCACAAGGGUGAACCCCGAUACCUUCCAGCCGCUCAAGGGCUAUCGACAACAUGUGUUCACAAAUUGGUGGAGGAGAAAGAUGACGGUAACGACGUGGUCGUUGUCGGUGAGACAGAUGUUCUCCGCGAAGAUAUGGAUUGCUUUGUCCGUGGACAUUGCGUUAACAAUGUUCCUCUGGUGACACCAUCCAUUUAUGCUGAAAUGGCUCUGGUUAUUGGUGACUAUCUUCGCAAGCAGCAACCGGAGCUGGAGGCAAGUCUGGUGGAUCUUCAGCAUAUGGAUGUUCAGCGACCUUUUGUCACAAAGACAAAGGGUACAGGUCCGCAGUUGCUUCGCUGCCAUGUUUCGCUUAAUCGCAAGACAUUCAAGGCAGCGGUGGAAUUCUGGAGCGUGACUCCUGAGGGAAGGAAAAUUACCAAGCACGCCGAAGCCGGCAUGACUUUCCCCAAUGCAAUGCAAGCACAUACAGAGGCCCAACACCAGGCCGCGCCUGUACUGGAGCGAAUGAAGUCGGUCUCUGAUAGGCUUCACACCGACGAGGGAGUUCAGAAGCUUACUGGGAAGACGGGCUACCAAUUGGUAUCGUCCCUCGCACAGUAUGAUUCCCAGUUCAUGGGAGUGUCAUCCGUCUUGCUGGACAGCCGCAAUCGCGAAGCUGUGGCAACUGUCCAAUUUGGGAACACUCACAGCCCGAACGGGACUUACUACGUCAAUCCGCACCUGAUCGACAAUCUUGGACAACCUGCUCUCUUUAUAAUGAACGCGAACGAUGAGGCUGAUCUCACCAAGGAGGUCUUUGUCAACCACGGAUGGUCGUCUUUGCACUUCUAUAAACCAAUGCCAAUGACUGCUACCUACCAAGCCUAUGUUCAAAUGACAGGUCCCAGUAACGAUGGUAUGUAUCAUGGCAGUGUAUUCGUCUUUAAAAACAAGGAAUUGGUUGCGCGUUACAAGGGAGUCAAGGCUCAAGGUGUUCCUCGGAGACUCAUGGACUAUAUUGUCCACAUGCGCGAUGACACCAAGACAGGCAGUCCAGCCGGGGGAACUUUGCAUACCCGAACUCAAUCGUCUUCCUAUUUAAAUACUGCGCCCACCGGAACUGUCAAUUCUAAUAUUAGCGCCUCGAUUGCCGCUCAUGAUGGGGAUCAGACAGAUUCUUGGUCAGCGGCUCUCCAAAUUAUCUCUGAAGAGAGCGGCGUCCCCAUCGCAGAACUCGGUCCAGGGGCUGGAUUUGCAGACCUAGGCCUUGAUUCGCUUCUUUCACUGCUUUGUGCGAGCAGAUUCCGAGAAGAGCUUGGACUAGCUCAUGAAUCAUCAAUCUUCAUGGACUAUCCAACCAUGGGAGCACUCGAAAAAUUCUGGAAGCAGGAUUCACAUGCAGGGUCUUCUGAUGGAAACAAAUCUCUUGGUGGCAAUGAUGCAAUCUUAAACUCGAUGUUUAUCGACACCGUGGAGUCAGAAUCGGAUACUCCGAGCUGUGAAGAAUUAUCUGUGAAGAGCGACUCUUGCUCGGCCAAAGAGGCUUCUGCUGCGACAACCCCGGAGCGUGGCCAACAGUCUCCACCAGUAUUGUCCGCGACUUCUCUUCUGCUCCAAGGGAAUCCCGCCCUGUCAUCAACGGCCAAGUCUCUCUUUCUGCUACCUGAUGGUUCCGGUUCAUGCUCAUCCUAUGCAGCUAUUCCGCGGAUCCAUCCCUCGGUAGCCGUCGUCGGAGUAAACUGCCCCUUUAUGAAAGCCCCUGAGCUCUACAAUUGCGACAUUGAGGUGGUCUCUGAGCUGUACGUCCGCGAGAUUCGCAAACGUCAGCCUCAUGGCCCUUAUGCCCUAGGUGGAUGGUCCGUCGGUGGUAUCUUCGCAUAUCAUGUCGCCCAGCAACUUACUUCCGUCGGCGAGACUGUUACCGAUUUGAUUCUCAUUGACUGUCCCGUCCCUAGAGGUCUUGAUUACCUACCACGUCGAUACUUCGAAUAUUGCGACCAGAUUGGGUUGCUCGGCAAUGUCAACGGGGUGAAGAAGGAAGUGCCCAAAUGGCUCAUUCCACACUUUGAAGCCUGUAUCAACAGCCUUCAUAACUACCAUGCCACCCCAUUCGUACCUAGUAUUGAUGCUCCGAAAACGCAAAUCAUCUGGGCCUGUGACGCCAUCGACAAACAUCUUGAGCCAAAGUUUGAAGCAAGAACCGAUGAUCCGGAAGGUUUGAAAUUUCUUACGAUGGAAAGAGAGGAUUUCGGCCCGGCAGGUUGGGACUCUCUCUUGCCUAUGACGAAUAUAGCAUUGUCCCGGAUUUAUGGGGCUAAUCAUUUCUCUAUGAUGCAAAGCGAACACGCCAAGCGACUAGGAGAGGAAAUUCAGGGAUUUUUGAUGAGUGGCUGA